AUGGGAGAUAAAUCAUCGUCAUUCAUUACACUUCUGAUCACUGCCAUGAUUCUCUCGGGAGCAGCUAAUACAAUAGUCUAUAAAUUAUAAAAUACAAGUAAAGUUACAGUUGAUGGAUGGGCUGCAUCAAAUUUCAACCAUCCCUUUAUGCAAGCAGUCACUAUGUUUUUGGGUGAGUCUUUGUGCAUAUUACUAUUUUUGAAUAUCAAGAAGAAGCCAGAUUACAAAUAAGGAUGUAUUGAAGCAGCAGCUAAAGGGUUGAAAACAAAAGUCAAUUACGGUUGGGUGGCUAUUCCAGCCAUGUGUGAUUUAACUGCCUCGACAUUGGCUUAUAUAUCCUUGAAUUACAUCCCCCCAUCCAUUUAUCAGAUGUUGAGAGGAGGAGCAAUCAUCUCAACUGCAAUUAUGUCCACAUGUUUCUUAAAGAGACAUAUUAAAAAGUACUAAUGGUUUGGAUGCUUUUUCGUCUUGGUGGGUAUUACUUUAGUGGGAAUGAGUUCAUUUUUAUUUCCACCCAAGAAGGACAACAAUGAUGAUUCGGAUUCAAAAUCUGAAAUUGGAGCUGCCUAUUUUAUAUCAGUUGGAUUAUUGUUAUUAUCAGUUGUGAUGAACGGACUCUAAUUUGUGUCUGAGGAGAAACUCUUUGAUGUUUACUAUUUGCAUCCUUUUGAAAUCGUAGGCAUUGAAGGAUUGUGGGGUUUUUCAGUCUACAUAGUUUUGGCAAUAGCAUUGACUUUUAUCUAAUGUCCAGGUUCUAUGGAAAAUAGCUGCAUCUAAAAAAGAAUGACAGAUAUGUUUUACUUUGAAAGGGCUGAUUUGUACUUCUUGCAAAUCUUUGCUAAUGGCUUAUUACUCUUCUGGGUUAUUUUGGGUAUAUUCACAAUAGCUACAUUCAAUAUCUGCGGUGUUUCAGUUACUAAGUAUGUGUCUUCCUUGGCCAGAUCCCUUGUCGAUGUUUCAAGAACAUUAAUCAUUUGGGCUGUUUCAUUGGCUAUCACUUGGAUAGAUCCAGAGGCCAAAUGGGAGAACACAAGAUGGGAGGCUAUUGUUCUAGAAUUACUUGGGUUCUUUGUUUUAGUUACUGGAAAUCUAAUCUACAAUGGAACCAUCAAGUUGAAGUUUCUAGAUGAAGGCUCUUAAGUCGAUCCAUUAAAUGAUGCUACUUAACAAUUUCUGGAUAGUAAAAAUGGUCAAUCAUUAUAGCCUCAAUGAAGUAUUAUUUAAUAUUGUAUAAUUAUUUAUCGUUUAUUAAUUUUUGCAA